UGUCCGUCAGUAAAAACAUCAGGAAUCACGACUUGCCGGGUGUUAUUAGACGGUUAAAAAGCUGCCUUGCGCCUUAAAUACGGCGAAAAUAGGUCGUAAUUUAUUUGAGGUGGAAAAUAAAAGUAAAAAUUAACUUCAGACAAGUGUUAGUUUUAUAUUUAAGUGGCAUUUUCCAAGCAACCGGAGGAGCUUCGAGGGAAUGUUGACGGGGAGGCACAGCCGUUAGGAACAAACCGCUCGUUGCCUUUUUAUCACAAAUAAAUCUAUUUUUAUCCUAAAAUUCCCGUCCGAUAAUCUCUUUUUAUCCAAAGUAAAUGAGUUGCAAAGGAGACAGUGAGGAUGACAGCCAAAGCAAACGGAGAGUCGCCUACAUUUACAGCCAGGAGUACACGGAGACCUGCGACACUUUAGCCAAAGUGCCGAACCGGGCGAGCAUGGUCCACUCGUUGAUAGAAGCCUACGGACUGCUUGAACACAUGAGCGUUGUAAAGCCACACGCAGCGACCAUCGAAGAAAUGGCAAAGUUCCACACAGACGCUUACCUGGAUCACCUGCGCAAGAUCAGCCAGGACGGAGACAACGACGACCCGCAGUCCACCGACUACGGCCUCGGUUAUGACUGUCCCAUUGUGGAGGGGAUCUUUGACUAUGCCGCAGCAGUAGGGGGCGCUACGCUGACAGCCGCACAGUGCCUGCUGGACCAGAAAUGUGACGUGGCGAUCAACUGGGCCGGCGGGUGGCACCACGCCAAGAAGGACGAGGCGUCAGGUUUCUGUUAUGUGAACGACGCCGUGUUGGGGAUCCUCAAACUGAGGGAAAAGUACGAGCGAGUUCUGUAUGUGGACGUGGAUCUGCAUCACGGAGACGGUGUGGAAGACGCCUUCAGCUUCACAUCCAAAGUCAUGACCGUCUCCCUGCACAAGUUCUCGCCUGGAUUCUUCCCGGGUACCGGGGACCUGUGUGACACGGGACUGGGUAAGGGCCGCUGGUAUGCUGUCAACGUUCCACUGGAGGACGGCAUCAAGGACGACAGAUAUUACCAGGUCUUCAGAAGCGUGAUGCAGGAGGUGCGGGCGCUGUUCAACCCCGAGGCCGUGGUGAUGCAGCUGGGCGCCGACACCAUGGCGGGCGACCCCAUGUGCUCCUUCAACAUGACUCCAGUGGGCGUGAGCCAGUGUCUGCACUACGUACUGCAGUGGCAGCUACCUACACUGCUGCUGGGGGGAGGAGGUUAUAACCUGGCUAAUACGGCUCGUUGUUGGACGUACCUGACAGCCGCCGUGCUCAGAAAGACUCUUUCCUCUGAGAUACCCGACCACGAGUUCUUCACAGAAUACGGGCCAGACUACUCACUGGAGAUCAGCCCAAGCUGCCGGCCAGACCGCAACGACAGCAAACACCUGGACCAGGUCAUCAGCACCAUCAAAGGGAAUUUGAAGAAUGUGGUUUAGGAGCCGGCAGCCUCAGCCUCCCCUCACACACACACACACACACACACACACACACACACACACACUCACACACACACACAGGCAGCCUCAGAGACCCCGUGUUUCCAAACCAGGUCGAUGCGCGUCGGCUCUAAUGAAGACAAUAUGGAGCGGACCCCUUCGCCCCCCGAGGCACGGAGCGAACGAGGGAGGGAUGAAGGGAGGAGAGAGAGAGAGAGAGAGAGAGAGAGAGUUUUGGAAAACAUUAGUUGAGUGUUUCCAGGGGAAAACUGCUUAAUGGGGGGGUGGGGGGGGGUGGCGGUGCUGUACAAUGUUGACUGUUUUCAGCCUUCUGUUUCAGUUUUUUGAAGUGUGUGUGUGUGUAUGAGAGAGUUUGAACGUGUGUGUGUGUGUGUGAUUUAACAAUUUCAGUUGAAGUUGGUUACGGUGGGUUUUUACAGUCACUGUGUGCUGGGUCCUUAGUGUUUUUAACUUCCGAUGCAUUCACGCACGGCCAAAAAAAA